AUGGCAGCCCCGGAGGAAAAUAACCUCUUCCCUCCCAAUCCCUACUAUAUCCCUGGCUACCAGGGCUUCGUCCCUCAGUACAACUAUCAGUGUGGAGAAACCUUCGGCAAAACCACGUACCGCCUGCUGACGGAUCCUGGUGUUGGGAAGAGCCCUCGCUCCUUGCUGGCGCCGCUGCCCAAGCAGAAGUUCGUCGAGGACUUCAGCGGGACGAAGCACGGUGUCCAGGAUUAUCUCCCAGGGCAUCCAGGGCAUUUUCCCUAUGAGAAAGCUGGGGCUGCAACGAACUUUCCUGAAUCAGUCCUUGGACCAAAACCUCCCCCGGCAGGACCCCGGGGUGUGACACUGCCAGGAUUGGCUGAAACCAUGGGUGUGGAGCAAGAUAAUCGGUUACCAAAGCUGGAGGUACCAAAUGCGAUCCAACAGAAAGUCAUUCCAGGGUACAGUGGAUUCAUCCCCCGCCUCACCUGGAUUAGUGGCGUGAGCUACGUCGAGGGUAUGAACGAAUUUGACCAAUAUCAGUUUUUGCCGAGAAAUCCACCUUGCAGCUUUGGCAAGAGAUUUCCCCAAACAUACUGGCCUAACAACAGAAUUUGUACCAGUGCCGGACUGAUACCUUCCUACACGGGCUUUGUACCACACCUCCGAUACACCUACGCGCUUACAUUUGGAAACAGCACCCGAAAAUCUUACCAAAAGGAACAAAGGAGACAAGCUUGUGCACUGUGA